AUGUUUUCUGACCCACUUGAUUCAUUCGACUUCACGGAAAACCACGCUGUUAAUAUCCUCAACAAUCUGAUACCUGAUGAAGCCUCUCUUACCAACCUGGAUUCGGUUCAGCGAAAGCUUCGAGAUGACCAGCGUUCUUUGCAACAGGAGAUUGUCAUUCUCAGAAAUGAAUUGCAUAAGGACCAAAACCCAGAGCGAAUGCAAGUCAUUCAGGAGCUGAUUUCUGAGCUACUCUCGCAAAUGGCUCGCAUACGCGAGAAAGCCACUGAAUCCGAAGCUGUCGUUCGUGAAAUAACGAAAGAUAUUCAGGUUCUGGAUCUGGCCAAGAAGAAUAUCUUACACAGCAUUACCGCCCUCAAGCGUUUCCAAAUGCUAGUCAAUGCCCUAGCUCAGCUCGAAGGCCAGAUAAGAGGGAAAAACUACGGGCAGAUAUCGCAGACCCUUUCUGCAGUCAAAGAAUUUUCCGCUAUAUUUAAGACGUACACUGCAGUUGAGCGCGUUGCCGCAGUCUGGAAAAAGGUACAAGAAAUGCAAGCGGUCAUAGGCAGUAUGAUAGACGAAGACUUCAAUGCGUUUUUCUUCCACGACAAUAUCAAAGCACCGAAGCCCGCUAUUCUGAGUGACGCGUGCCUUGUGGUAGAUGUCCUAGGCCAUGAUGUUCGUGACCAUCUCAUUGACCGCUAUUGUUCUAUCGAGCUAAAGGAAUAUCGUCGAGUAUUUCGCGCUAAUGAUGAGGCCGGACAAAUAGACAAUAUAUCUAGACGAUUUGCUUGGUUUCGUCGUAUCCUGAUGAAUCACUAUGACGAAGAAGGCUAUGCGGAGAUUUUUCCACCAGAAUGGCAGGUGGGGGAGCAUCUCUGUGCCCGUUUCGUAGACAUCACUCGGUUCGAUUCGCCUUCAUUCCGGGGACCAGCAACUAAUCUUACGCGAUCUCUCAUCCAGGGACGAUGUGACAGCGGCAUUGUCAAGGAAUGCUCAUUCCUCACUGUCACCAUGCUACUUGACGCACUCAAACAAACCCUUGAAUUCGAACAAUCUAUGGCGAAACGCUUUGGAAUGCCUUUCAGUAAAAUAAUACAAUACUGUUCAAAUCGCGAACCGAAGGCCAUUUCAUCUGCCUUUGACCCACACAUGGGUGUGUUCGUAGAUGCGCAAGAAAAGUUGGUCUUAAUGUCUCGCCCAGGAACCGUAUUUUUCAGAAUUAUGAAUUAG